AUGAAAAAGAAUGUACAAUCGAGAAAGCAAGCCGUCGAACGGAUCGAAAGGAUGAUGCCCCAUUGGAUCGCUGCCGCCGAAAAAAUUAAGGCACUAUUACUUAACCAGAGCUUUAUGUCGGGGAUCGGUAAUUGGAUGGCUGAUGAAGAGGUGAUUGAAAAGUCAAUUGAAGUUGGGCCCGACAGUAGUCAGUUCCUAGGAAAUUGGAUUUUCUAUUCUCGGGGAAAGAAGCCUGACAAGGUUUUUGUAAAUGGGAAGAAAAUUGAUUUCAUCAAUGCUGGCCGCAAGAGCGCAUGGUCACGCCGGAUUGGAAGGAUGACGAUGGCGGAGCAUGGGCCUUCCGAGUUCUCGAUUGUGGCAUCCCUAGGCCACACGGCUCAAUUUUCGAAGAAUCACUGCCAUGUCGAGUUGUGUUUGCUGGUGGAGGAGACGCUCGUCCCCGAAUUAGGUGUCGACGUGGUUCUGACACCUAUAACGGCAAGGCGGGUGGCCAAUUUCGUCAUGUCUUCGCAGACGCGGACCUCCGGCGUAUUCUUCGAAUGUGGGUUACAGCUUCGAUUUACACCUAGUGGGGAUGAUUAUGUGAUCAAUUGUGUAGGUCAUAGGCCACAGACCCAAAUCGUCGUCGCAGCAAACCCGGUCAGUCACGUCGUAGCCGCCGGGCCGCUGCAACAGUACCCCGACUCCGUCAGACCUGCUGCUGCUGGAGCUUCCAUGUCGCGGCGAUUAGCUGGUAGACCCGCCGUUGCCAGAGAUUACAUGUCGACGACGAUUAGCUGGUUAGAUCCACCGCUGCCGGAGCUUCCACGUGAGGCAACGACAGAGGCAGUUGGGGCUGUGGUGACGACGACAGAACCGACGGAUGGUGGCGGGUGGAAUUGGUGA